AUGUCGAAGCCCGCAUUCGAUAGUGAGGCAAAGCGUUCGCAGGGGCUCAGCCCACAAACAACUGUUUCGCCCAAAGUCCUCAUAAGGCCAAGUAGGCCAUAUGAAGUGGCCUCGUGGUCAAAGCACCCAGAGAAGGCAUUGCCGAAGGAGGCAUUGCCCUUGAAGGCUUCUCUAGAAAAGGAACGCCCUUUGCGGGAUAUACUACUGCCCAAAGUGCGCGCCAAAAUUGAUAAAGGAGUGAACAAGGCUAGUAUAAGUGACAGUGCGGAUGGAACAAGGGCUCAGGCGAUACAAGCAGCACUGUUGUCAUUAAGGGCCAAAGCAGACACCGACGAGGAGAAGCCGUUGGCCACUUUUGACCCAGUCGCAUUUGACUCGAUUAUCUACCGACAAUCUCGUUUGCGUCCACCUCCUGGCGUCCGCUUGUCUUCCCGCAUUGUUAAGAACGGGUCAGCAUCACGUAAGAGUGAACGAGUUUAUCUCCCCGUUAAUCCGGCAAUCCAUAAAAUGCAUAAGAGGUCUCAGCAUUGGCACAAGCAGAAAUGCGAAGAGAUCAAAAGACGUCCCAGCCGAAAGGCCUGGUUUGGUAAGGUUGAGGCAAGGCUGCGCUGGUUGCGCGCCGAAGAAGAGAGGCUGGAGCAGAGCCGUCAAAAUGCCCAAGAUGACGGAACUAUGCCCCCUUUCGAGCCUCCCGAACCGCGAUGUUUUAAGCAGAUCUUGGAUUUCGGAGACGUGCCUGAAAAGGAACUGCCCGAACAUGUACGCAAUGAUCCUGCAUGGUUAAAGGCCUGCGCUUGGCUCCGAAAAUGUGAGGACCAGGCGACUCACCAGCGUCAAGUAAAUAAAUCUAAAAAGGAAGCAGAACGCUACUAUAAGAUGAAUUUCGGCGCAGGCUAA